UAGAUUGAUUUGAUUGUAUGUAGUGGAUUAAUUUAGUUUCUCAUUAAUUUUUGACGUUUUUUUCAUUAUCAGGAACUAAAAGAAGCAUGUAAGUCAUUUGAAAAGGUUCUUGUCCAAAACAUCCGAAUUGAGUUGUCUUCUAGUUUGACUGAGGCUAUCGAGGCAAUAUCACGAUGGCGUCUCAUACAAGCUGCUCUGCCUCAUGUGAUGCAUGCUUUAGCUGCUCUUUUACACAACAGAGUAAAGGACAACAUGCAGUCACUAGGAAAUGUGGAGACAAGGCUUCUUUAUACACUACAUUGGAUAAUUCUUGAUGCUUCUGAUGAGUGCAUUGAAAAUGAUUAUGAAAAUGGCACUUUCAAUUCAAAUCCAUUUUACUACUUGUUUUCAAUACCAGCUUUGACUCUCUUCAUAUUCCUGUUUGCACCAAUAUCUCACCACUUAAAAGAAUCAGAUUUUACUAUCAACUAUCGUUUAGAAAAUGGCCUCAAGAUGUGGCAAGCAAUGUGGGAAUUCAGACACCCUGAUGCUCCUUGCUUCACCACAUUAGUCAAACCGAAACCAAAGCCUCUUGGAGGUAAUUUCUCAAAGAGAUGCCAUGGAGAUGUGUUUCUGGGUCGUAAGUAUAACUUAAAACAUCAUGAUGUUGACAAUUCAUGUAAAUACUCCAAAGAAGAAGGGACUGGCGCGGCUAACGGCAGUCCUCCAAGUCAAAAUAUAUCAGCAUCGCAAUCUGAAGUUCCUUCCAAACAAGCCAGCACUGAGGAAGAGCCCUGGCUCUCAUCACCUAAAGAUACAAUUUUUCCUGAAACAAUUCCUGAAGAAAGUUCGAGUACGGAAGAAGAACAUGUGUUUAUUUACCGACUGCCAUCUGAACAAACCUUCGGUAGUAACUUCAAGGGGGCCUACACUGUAUAUGCGGCGGAUCCCAGUUUGUUCCAGCUGCGCAAAACUGAUGCUUCUAAACCAGGCUUACCAGGCAUUAAACAGCUACCACAAAUUUCUAAAAUGAGCUCAUCAGAUAAAGAAUCUCUUUCUGAUAGUGGUGGUGGUGGCCAAGGACCUAAAGGAACUCCUCCUUCAGAAAAACCAGCAUCGUCUAAACAAGCUAAUGUUUCGGCAGCUACAUUUCUGGACGUCGCUACGUUGCGAUGUUUAUUUACAUCUCAAUGGCAAGAAGAAGGUGUUUAUUGGGCGUUACAUUAUUUAUACAAUAGACUGAGAGACAUUUGCGAUGACUUAUCAAAACAAACGCAACCAAGAAAACGCUGCAAUUCACUGCCCAUACCAAAGAUAGAAGUCUCUGUUUACCAGAGCCCAGACCAGACCCAGAAUCAAAGAGAUUCUCCCAAAAACUAUAUGGAAGUCCCGGAACCCAAAGAUAUCUCGCCUUUAGCCGAAAUUCCCUUCCCACCCUCGCCUAAGAUUGAAGAAGAUUCUACUAUGACAAGACGGUCAAGUGAAAAAAUAAAACGAAAAAUGAAAAUGGCCGACCUAAAAGCAUUUGUCGAAACGAAAUUGCUCUCGAAAUCAGAAAAAGCGUUAGAGAAGAUUGGACAAGACGACCAUAAAUUUUCAUUCCACACUGCAGUAAGAAUGCUAUCUGAUUACCAUCGCAGUCUUGAUAACGCAGAUGACAGGCCUAACUCAGCAUUGGGCAGUAAUUUCCCGCCCUUGGCUCCCAGGCUCACAGGAGAUUUAUUGACUUGUAAUUUGAUAAAGGGAAAAAGUAUGCCAAGUCUCAGAUACAUUGGAGAGGUAAAGACAGAGCGAACCCAUGGCCAUUCGGGUACCAUGCCGGCUUAUAUGCAGAAGAAAAAGAACCCUAUUAUAACCGUCACAGAACACACGCCGACGCCCUCGCCAGACUACCUGUCUAAAACUCAACAGGGCUCAGUGGAAUCUCAAUUGGAUUCAGUCGGCAUGCAAGGUUCUCAACAUAUACCGACUCCCGAACGCAAGCCAAGCCUCACGCGCUCGCAAACCGAUUCCAACAUCACGUAUGUGGUGGAGGAGGUACAAGAGGCCCCGGGUUCACUACAUUAUAUCACCAAAGAUGGGGAUAUUGAUUUCCAAGUGGUUCUUAAGGCAGUGUACUCAGUCUCAGUAAUGGACAGCUUCUACAUUACCCUUCGUGUGAUGGAAGUGAUGCUAAACUUGGUGGACACUUUGAUGGAGAUCGGAGUUCACAACAACUGGCAGAAUUCAUCGGUUGACGACCCUCGACCAGGCUCGGUUGAACUUGAACCCCUUAUCGAUUUCGGGAAAGAAAAAGAAAGCAAGGAUCGAGAUUCUGGAAUACCAUGUGCCGCAAGCCAAGAAUCCACAAAUGCCGAAGGAGGGGAUAGCACUAAGGAAAAAAGAGAAGAGGAAGAUCUGGACUGCCCAUACUACAUGAUCAUGCAUAUAAUACUUAGAAUUCUCCGCCAACUGGGUUGUUCCCACGGCUGCUCAACAGCUCUGCGAGGUCCCCAAGCAGAAUGUCUGCGGGUCCAAGCCCGGAACUCCUUACGGGAACUCCGCUCCGCCGACAUACCGAAGUUCACCAUUCGUAUUAAAGAAAUGACCAAGUUUGCACCUAUAAGAGAAGUGCUAGAUAAUCUCCACGCGACCAUCGGGUUCUGUGUGGAGCCUACUUCUUUGGUCUCGCCUAUGAAUCAACAAAAACGCAACACCGCCAAAUCGCCAGACAUCAGCCACUUACAAGCCGCAUACGCUACUAACUUCGGGGCCAACCAAGGCGCCAACUCAAACCGAGCCAUCGAGACCUUUAUCAUAGAGUCCACAUUCCGAGUGCUGGUAACACGGUUUGCUCUCAUGCAUAAAGAGCUCAAGAUGCUGGAUAAUUCGGCACUUUACAUGGAAGUCCGCAUGCUUUUGAGCUACGUGAAAGAAGCCCACGGAGGUCAGUUCCGGUUGGUGGCCUUCAGCGCACUGCUUGAUACCGCCGAGAGGCCUGAUAGUCAACAGAAAGAGUCUAAUAUGCAGACCACUAGAGUUAUAAGGCAUAUACCUCGAACAACCGACGAUGAACGCGGGUCAGAUACAGGCGCCGACUCUGGUUGCGCCGCUGAUGAUAGAAGCCAUAAAAAGUUCACCUUCAAGAAAAGAAGCACCUCGUCUACUGGGGCUCACAGCCUUCUAGAAACUGAAGGCGGCGACGAAUCAGCGAGCCAAUCACCUCUAUCAGUGCGCACGCGCCGCUACCAACUCACGCCUCGCCAAUCCGAACGGACUAUACCAUCAGUGGCAUCGGCUGAUAUAACACCGCACCACAAUAUUUCUCACUCUAAAUCGAUACCUUCAAAAUUUCACAUCAGUGGUAUUGUGAAUUGGUUCCGCCAAAAGCCAUCUUCGCAAUCGCUGAUCCGCAACGGUUGCGGUUCAGGAGAAUCUUUACCCAUUUCCGGAAGUAUGGCGUCGCUGGCGAGGCCGCACCACACGCACCACCACCCGAGCAGGCCCGUGCAUGUCAAGCGACGCGUCGGCUACACGCUCAACAGAGCAAGGAAACGUGUUGAAGAUAGGUUGAAUAGAUUUGGCUUGAGAAAAAUGGGGAAAAAACGUGACGGAAGUAUAGAAGAGACUAGUGGCGGAUAUAUGUCACGCCGAGGGUCUGCAGAAGGCGGAUCCGGUGGAGGGGAAUCAGAAGUGGUGGUGCUCAAGCGCAGACGCUUAGUGGCCGCCGCGCCGCUGUACGCCGGCCUCGCCAGGUUCAACUUCCUGCUGGACGCCACCCAGCCCGGAGCCACCCCUGACGCUCUGUUCAUGGCUGCUUUACUUGAUUUACCCAACACAGUAGUCGUAGGACGUGCUGCCAUUCUACUGGAAUGUGCUUAUCUCGUCCAUAACUGCAAUAAAGGACAGUGGCCAUAUUGGCUCAAAUCAAACAUAGCUAAAAAUGCCAUGCCAUCAAGCCCUCAACUCCGACAACGAUUAGCCGCUAAACUGUUCUACCAAUGGGCUGAGGCCAUUGGCAACAGACUGGAAGAUAUGUUGAUAGAAGACAAGAAACACAUCGAUACAGUUGUGAACCUGGUCAAUGACCCCGAAGGGCAGCGGGAACUGUUGCAGCAGGAUGAAGAGGAGGACUUUCUCGAUGAAGCCAGUAUCCGCCUGCCUGGCAAGCCGAUUGGCGCUGAUUGCCCGCGGGCACUCAGGCUCGUUGCCUGCAUCCUGCUUUUUGAAAUCACCGCUUUUUUAAGAGAAACCUACCAGAACAUUCCAAAAUCUUGCCGUUCUUCGCUUAAGGAAAGAGGCCCUUGGGAUCGGGUCUACAGGGAAGCGAACCGUCGAUGGAGUAUGGCUCUGUCGAGUAUGGGACAUUCUCAGGCUUCAGCACAAAGCUUGCAAUCGAUUGCUGGUGCGGAGACCGAGAGGAAGAUUUCUUUCGUUAUUCACGAACCGGAGAAUGUGUCUGGAGGGAGCAACGCUACAUUAGCAGAUGCAGUACCAACAUCAGCAGAUGACAAAAAAGGUCGUUUAGGAGGUCGCAACAAGGCCGGGAUGCACCGACGGAACACACAACAAACUCAUACAGCUUACGGCUCAAUAAAACGAAGAUCUAUCAAACUAAGACAGAAAGACACUAGAGAUGUGGAAGAGUUUGUGACUAGGAGAUCAGAUUCGAUACAAAGUCGAAGAAAAGUGUCAUCAUUAUCAGACAGAAGUGAUACCUCUGAAGUCUACCCUGCUGCAGGCGGCACAGUGAUAAUGCCUAACGAAGUGGACAGCGGCGGUGAAGAAAGCCCUGGCGUUCUGUCAGACGACCACGACCACCCGCCAGACAGCCCUGACAGCAACUCCACCGACCCGCCGGAUCCUAAUAAAGGAUAUCCCUGGCUCAAAGUGAUGGUGAAAUUCUUGAACUCGUUUAACUACGUGUGCUGCCACCAAAACUUCUGUCAUCCAUAUUGCUUCCGACGCAAUAUGCGAGCCAGUGGCAGGCUCAUGAAAUCUGUUCAAAAGAUAUACGGUGAGAAAUUUGGUCCAGAGGCAAACACGCAAUGUACAGACGAUGGUUCGGGAGGAGCACGACGCGGCCGACGACCGCGCAAGUCUUCUGAACACGCCACUGAUAGGAUCGACCGGUCCGUGAUCGAGAGCGCGGGGCUGGCGUUCCGCGCGGCGGGCGGGGAGUCCGCGCCGCCGCACGAGCCGCCGCCCGCGCGCCCCGCCGCCAUGCCGCACCCGCCGCCCGACCCGCCCGCCAUUCUCAAGUAUCUUAAAGGCCAGGUCCGCGACGCCUACCACGCGCCCCUCGCUACACUCAUCAAAGGAGCCACUAUAAUGAGUGAAGAGCUAUUCUCUGAGAGUGCGCCAGUGGCGUGGCAACUGCUAUUGGAGCCCGAUCGGGAACUAAGCGCAUGUGCAGCCGCACUCUUCAUUCUAUGCGCGGUGAAGGCGCCUCAUACUGCCGCUAGCAUUAUGCACAACGAUCUUAAGCAUGCUCAGCCGGAACUCAGAAUCAAUGCUAUUCUCCGCUUCCAAGUGAUGUGGAAGCUGCGGUACCAAGUAUGGCCCCGUAUGGAAGAAGGCGCUUCAGUGACGUUCAAAGUUCCUCCUCCUGGAAUCGAGUUCACUUUGCCAUCGCCGAAGAUCGGCAUCGAGUCGCUGGCGGUCGUUGACCCACCUUGGAGCCCGCAGGUUAAAGAUAAAGACAUGGAGAUGACUCUGAAUCAAGAGAGGCAUCGUUCACUAGUAACAGCGACAAAAACUCGCAAGAAACAGCAGACGGAAGCUAUAAAGCGCGCAUUACAGCAACGCAACGACAAGAAACGGGCGGAAAGAGAGAGCUUCCUCAUUACCACCAUCCCUCUCACACGGCAGGCCGCGCGCGAACCAGCACUCGACCAUGCGGCUGAUGAUCAUAUUGAACCACCGGCCGAUGAAGAGUUAGUAGAAGGAGUGCGGGGCUCUCACCACACGCAAGUGGCUUCGGCUCUGUUUCCGUCUACUCUGUGUUCCGCGGUCGCGGAAAUUGUCGCUUUGUUAGACGACGCCGCUGUCUCACAAGAUGGAUGUUCCGUCUAUGAAGUGGCUUAUCAGGUUAUAUGGGGCUGUCUCGUAGAAGACUCCGCCCUGUUUCUCCGCCAUGUACUCGAGCGCCUCACUCGAGACCACCAAGACGAGAUGUUCAAACUGUUACGGCAUUUAAUUCGCUUCAUACCACGAUUGCCGCAACAAGCCGCGUUCGCUUUGUACAACUACAUCAUAGGAUACGUCAUGUUUUAUGUCAGAUCCCCGCACGAGGACGGCCAGAGGUUGGUCGGUGCUGCACUCUCUAUACUAUGGAUGGUGGUGCAUAGCGUACACGGCAUCAUGUUCAAAGACCUCAAGCAGAUCCUACGAAAAGAGCAAUGCGACGCGUCUAUUUUACUCACAGCCAACGUUCCUGCUGCUAAGAAAAUUAUCGUUCAUGGUCCUUCUGAUAAUGAAACCAGUUUACCGUCCCAGUUCCCGGUACAAGAAGAUACGGUGUUUUCACAAAUUUUGAAGGAAUCUCUAGACUUCUUCAGCAUACCUGAAGAUUUGCAUCGGGAGUAUUUCUUGGUUGAUUUUAAAACACGUCAAAUUCACAACCCGCAAAGCUACGUGCGCGACCACUACUUCUUCAAACGCUCCCAGUACCCGCAGUUAGUGUUGGUUCACAUGGAGCCAGAAGAAGCCUUCCACAAGUUGCAACAACAAGAAUUACUGCAAAAGUUCGUCGAGAUCGGGAAGGUUCUGCUCACGUGGGCUAUUCUCAAAAACGUUGAUAUGGUCGUACAACGUGUAGUGUUUCUCCACGAUGAGCUGAUGAAGCUGCCUUCGUUUCCUCGUAAAGCGCUUGAGGCAGAUCUAGCGCUGUAUAGCGGAGGGCCACUUGGCACCACACUUUUGGGGCUAGAUGUAUUGCACAAGUUCAUGUGGGUUCGCCUAAUAGCCCGCAUGUUCGAAGCAAUGGCGGGAAACUUCACGUCUUCGCGAGACAUCCAUCUGUUUCUAAACGUUUUGAACGGCGCACUGAUGUUACAUAGUGAGGACUCUUUGAUACUGAGAUAUGUGAUAGCCACAUAUGUUAACGCGGCUUUCAAUUUCAAGAGCAUUUUCUCUACAAAUGGCUAUCUUCUGAUAAUGCCGACCCUCCUCCAAAUAUACUCGAACUUCCAAACGAACAAGUUGGUUACAACCACGAUAGAGUACGCGGUGAAACAAUUCUACCUGCUGAACAGAAAGCCGUUCAUACUGCAGAUGUUCGGCUCCGUGUCCGCCAUAUUGGAUACAGACGAGGAGUCCACCUAUGGCGACGCUAGCAAGGUGCAAUCUAGCUGCUUAUUCAACCUCCUGCUAAGUUUAGAGACUCCAUCGCCUGAUCCGCUACACAUUGCCGAGUUAAUCAAAGAGGAGAAACCAUUAAAACCUAUUGACUUCUGUUACCGGGAUGAAGAGGAAAUGGUCAAUGUGCUGGACUGCAUUAGCCUUUGUGUCAUGGUGGUAUCUUACUCGGCUGAGAGCAUGCGGGGGUAUCAAAUGCUGAUUAUUUUAGAAGCUAUCCUACCAUGUUACGUGAAACAGAUUCAGCUACCAACAUACAAUAGAGAAGGAAAAACUGAGAAAGAGAUCAUCCAGCAACUUGCGAUUGCCAUAAAAACCCUCGUUAAUAACUGCGAAGGACUGUCAAAGUCUUACAACGGUCCAUACCGCACGUCUCCCGAACACAAGGGGUCCUCUCAACGCGCCGGGCCGCGCUCCACGGCCGCCACGAUCAUCGGCUUUGAAGAGUCGCACUCAAAGUUCGACAACAAGAUUCCCAUGCCCGAGUACACCGGCGCUGAGGACUCCGAGCUGGUUCGCGCCGAGUACCGCCGCCCGCGCGACGUGCUGCUGUCGCUGGUGGGCGAGUUCAUCGGGCGCGCCACCACUCGCCUGCUCGACCUCAACGGCUCCAAGGGCAGUGGCGGGAGUGAGGGCAAACCGGUUGAACUGCUUGACUGCAAGUCUCAUGCUAGACUGGCCGAAAUCGCCCACUCGCUGCUCAAAGUGUCUCCCUACGACCCCGCGUCUAUGGGCUGCCGUGGUUUACAACGGUACAUGACGCAAGUGUUACCUGCCGCUGAUUGGGCAGACGAUGCUUUGAGACCGGCACUUAUCAUGAUACUGAGGAGACUGGAUAAGGUGUUCUUGAAGAUUGCGAAGAAACCGAGUAUAAGGCGAAACACAGACUGGGACUCGGCUGCGGUACUCCUGAAAGGAGUUUACGAAACAAUGAUCCGGUGUCCAUAUAUCAUGCACUGGCAACAAGUGAAAACCCUUCUAAACACUGUUCAGGCUUUGAUAGUAUCAGAGAAUAAUUCCGGCGAGAACUUAUCAUCAGCGACGGCCGCCCUCAUGUCUCAGCCGCCGCCGCCGCACUUCUGCAGCACGGUGGUGCGACUUAUUGCGCUGCAAGUCAUUAACACUGGGGAUAGUUAUUCCUUAGAACAGAUGUGUGGUGGCAGCGCAAUAUUUCAGUCGCCAGAGAAAACUGAAAACAUGCUGAUGAAUCUAUUUAUGCCGCUUUGUUUACGAGUUGGCAGUGGAAGAAAAGACGUGCCACCCCUCCGCCAAUCGGACGUCAGCUACCUAGUGUCAGUGGUUCUCAACGCGUUAUGUCCCCCCGCGCCGCCCGGACAACUGGCCGCCGUCAACGCCAAGCUCAACGCGUCCGACGCCCGCGCCAACUCGCUCACCUUCACCGGCAGCCGCGACGCCAGGAACGUCACCAGGCUCUCCAACCAGCUGUACAGGAUCGCGUUCCUCGCUCUGAAAGUAGUCUGCGCAUGCUUCACAAGCGAACUAUGUAGCGAAUGGGGUCGCAUCGCUCGGGCCAUGCGAGAACUCGGACGACGAAACGAGGCAGCACAUCACCUGUGGGACUUCCUUGAACAUGUCGUGACGUAUCGCACGCCACUGUACAUCCUGCUACAGCCCUUCAUUGUGCACAAGCUAUCACAACCACCAAUUGGCGACAACGAGCGUCACAUGCAGUUCGUAGUUCGCGAGCGAGUGCGGGGUCUGAAACUCCCGGCGGCCAGGGCUCGGGGGGCCUUGCUGGCCGAGCUGGCCAGGGAACUGAGGACCAUGAGGGACACGCAUGAUCAGUUUAAGUUUGAGCAAAUAGCGGAGACCCUGGGCCAGGGCGGCGGCAAGCGCGCGUCGGAGGUGUUCCCGCGCGCGGCGCCCGACGGCAAGCACCAGCAGCACCGGCCCUCGCUCAUCUCCAUGCUGGUGGGCCGCGCCGCGCUGCCCCGCACGCCCGACCACCCCGCUCAGAGAGAAUCUCUAUCAAGCAGUUCUACCACGAGCCAGCAUUUGCCAACAUUCGACGCGCCGCCCAACAGUGGCGGCCGGCCCGAUGGCAACAAUGCUAAUAGCGGAAACUCGCACUUAGGACCCAAUACUUACGGAGGCGACACCAACAAGUCAGGAGUGGCAACACCGCCUUAUUCCAACAAUCAAGCAAAACUCAGAUUUGUACCGUCCGUUGAAUUCAAGUUUACCACAGUGGCAGGAGAGACGUCGACGACGCCGCUGUCCCCGCAGUCCCCGGCCUGGGAGCACAGCGUGGACAGCCCUGAAGGGGAGAGACCUCGUCUGCAACGGGCUCAGGGACCUUCGAAGAAGACCUUCAAGUUCAGACGCAGUCGACAUCGUCAGCCUGACGCGUCCCACGUGCGCUUGGAGUCGGACGAGUGCUCGUCGCCCGGGCCCGACACGACGCCGCUGCGGCGCGCGUGGCCGCCGCUGCUGCAGCCCGCCAACGUCAACACCGACACGUCCUACGACAGCGAGAUCUCGCAGACCUCCUCCACCUCGGGAUACAGGGAGAGCUACAGCCUCCAAGCAUCGAUGACGGAGUCCCCGGGCGGGUCGCUGCGCGCGGCGCUGGCGUCGCCCGAGCCGCCGUCGCAGCGCACCGCCAGCGCCACGCCGCACGCCAGCCCCGACGCAUCUUUAAGCUGCGAAUCAGGGACUUCAUCAGCUGAACGCACUGCUCUCCUGGGGGCUGCCAGCCAGAGAUCCUUACUCCUCAGCAGUGAUCUCCGAGAUGAAGAUACACUACUUUAAAGUAUAGCAAAUAUGUAGAAAUAAAGGCCUAGUCUUUCUAUUACAAUUAUGCCUAAAUCUUAAACAUCUUGAAGAUUGGUAUACUAUUUUAAAAAUUAUAUCGGUACCUAUGUUCUAUUAUAACAUUAUUCGUGUUUCUAGUCAAAUAUGUGAUAUAAUUAUGAGAUUUAUGUU